UAUCUUGGGCUUGGCUUGUAUCCGGCACGCGUUCACUCGUUCGUACACGUGUUCGCAGACGUGACGGAGUUCGUAGUCGCGGCCAAGCGGCUAAAGUUCGACGAACGACUUCCUUUCAAUUUUAGCCCCAUUCGAUCGAACCCCCUUCUCACCAUCCUCCAAUCCUCUUUGUUCGGUAGAUGGGAAUUCGAGUUGAAGACCGGCGAGGAGAGCGGCCUGCUGCUCUACAACACCGGCCAAUCCUCGUACGCCGAUUACCUCGGGAUCGAGUUGUUCGAGGGUAAAAUUCGACUUCUGAUGAACAAAGGGAACGGACCGACCGAGUUGAUACACGGCACACCGGUGGCUGACGGCAAGUGGCACCGGGUCGCCGUCGAUUUCAAUCCGAGCGGAAUCGGGAUCACGGUCGAUCGUCAAGAAAAAACCAUCAGCUUGCCCUCCGGCGGGAAUCGUUACCUAGAUCUGGCCGACACCCUGUACAUCGGCGGUACCGAGCUCAACAAACGCGCCAAGGCGUUCGGGAAAGGUCUUAAAUCCGGUGACGUGAGCUACAAGGGUUGCCUGAGAAAUAUGAUGUUGGAUAACAAGGAGCUCGGUCUACCGGAUGUUAAAAUCAGCCAGGGCAUCGUGGUUGGCUGCGUUUGGGGAUUUCCCUGUAUCGAGGCUGAUCCCUGUGUUUCCGGGGGAGUUUGCUCUCAGCUGGGUGUCAGCUCGUUUAAGUGCGACUGUGACCAACUAUCGUGUAUCAAUCCGAAUCAUGCCGAGGAUUACAAGACUUACUCGAAAGCAAAUUUACCCGUGAACUUGGAAAUACUCUCGUCGAGUCCCCUCCUGGUAUGCGAAGGAGGACAUGUGCUGGUGACGAGCGAUAACAUUGCCAUGGUACUAGACAUUGCUAAAUACGGGGUGGAAGAGGACGGUGUUAUCUUCACCUUGAUAACACCGCCCACUUAUGGUACCCUGACUCUGGAUCUCUUAACUACCAGAACCGAACAUUCUUUCACUCUUCGAGACAUCGAUCGAGAUAAGAUACAAUAUAUGCACGACGGCAGUGAAACCACGGAGGACAGUAUGAUUCUGGAAGUGACAUUAGUGGCAGGAGGUGGUUACGCGUUGCCAGGCUACCUUCAAGGACGACUUAGGUUUCCGCUUCAUGUCAACGUUACACCCGUUAAUGAUCCACCAUUGCUCGAAAUAUUGACCGCAAAAGUGCUACGACUCGCUCAGGUGAGAGACAAAAAAAUAUAGACGUCUAUGUACGUCUAUAUAUAAUUCUCCGAUAUAAAUUUUUCGCGUAAAGAAGUUUUCCAAUGAAUCAAAAAGUUCAAAGCCACGCGAACGUAAUUGACGCGAAACAGUUCGCGAAACGCUUCGGGCGACCUUCCGCUAAAUCAAUUAAUCGGGGAAUCGAAGAAACUGUGUGGACUGUGUUUUCAACAUUCGUAUCUUUGAACGAACGACUCGUAACGAAAUCGAUUUAAGUCGCUCCACAGUCGUUCCCCUUAAUUAACCACUUAGAGUCGCGAUCUUCCUAAAUGAAAUAAUUUCUUUCGUCGUGAAAAUCUACUCUCG